AUGAUGAUUUCACUAUGGAAGAAGUUGAUACCUCGGAUUCGAAGUGGAACCCACCUCUCGAUCAAAAUUCUUCCGGGCCCCCUUCUGUUUUGGGCUCAAUUGAAGCCAUUGAUGCUCAAUAAGUCAAUUUAUGAGUGGCUAAUUCUGUUCGGCACGAGAGGAUACUUGCGUUUGGGCAACCAUCCAAGUGUAAACAGGAAACUCCGAGUGCCUAGUCCCUUUCCCUCCACCUAUUUGAUGGAGGCUCCGACUCGGCUUUCACGGAAUGAGAGACUACGUUCGGUUGCACAUGUUGAUGUUCCCUUCGUUGCUCACUUAACUCGCCGACUUACCUCUUUAAGUCCGACUUGUGCGGUGCCGGCCACUUGCCGAAUUGACGA